AUGGCGGCCUCCUGGAGGCUAGGCAGUGAUGUGCGGAUGCUGCGCUGUCUCCUAGGCUUCGGCGGCCGGCGAGGCCUGGGGCUUGUUAAGGGGGCUGCUGGGUGGUCCGCGGGCGGCGGAGCCAGUUGGAGAUGGCUUCACAGCACGCAGUGGCUGCAGGCUGAUCCUAUUAAGAUACUAAUGCCAUCCCUGUCUCCGACGAUGGAAGAAGGGAACAUUGUGAAGUGGCUGAAAAAGGAAGGUGAAGCUGUGAGUGCUGGAGACGCCUUAUGUGAAAUAGAGACUGACAAAGCCGUGGUUACCUUAGAUGCAAGUGAUGAUGGCAUCUUGGCCAAAAUCGUGGUUGAAGAAGGAUCUAAAAAUAUACGGCUAGGUUCACUAAUCGGUUUGCUAGUUGAAGAAGGAGAAGAUUGGAAACAUGUUGAAAUUCCCAAGGACAUAGGCCCUCCGGCGGCCGCUUCAAAACCAUCAGUGCCUCGCCCCUCCCCAGAACCAGGGACUUCUGUGCCUGUCAAAAAGGAACACACACCUGGGAAACUGCAGUUGCGUCUAAGUCCAGCUGCCCGUAAUAUUCUGGAAAAACACUCCCUGGAUGCUAGCCAGGGCACAGCCACUGGCCCUCGGGGAAUCUUCACCAAAGAGGAUGCUCUCAAGCUUGUCCAGUUGAGACAGAUGGGCAAGAUCUCGGAAUCCAGACCGACCCCAGCGCCUCCAGUAACUCCCACUGCGCCUUUGCCCACACCGGCCCCAGCCAGGCCAUCUUACCCCCGGCCCAUGAUCCCACCGCUGUCAACUCCCGGGAAACCUAAUGUAGCGGGUACAUUCACUGAAAUCCCAGCUAGCAAUAUUCGAAGAGUUAUUGCCAAGAGGUUAACUGAAUCUAAAAGUACUGUACCUCAUGCAUAUGCUACUGCUGAUUGUGACGUUGGAGCUGUUUUAAAAGUUAGACAAAAUCUGUUCAAAGAUGACAUUAAAGUGUCAGUAAACGAUUUUAUCAUCAAGGCAGCAGCUGUUACCCUUAAACAAAUGCCGAGUGUUAAUGUGAGCUGGGAUGGAGAGGGUCCAAAGCAACUGCCCUUUAUUGACAUUUCAGUGGCUGUGGCAACAGAUAGAGGUUUAAUUACACCGAUCAUAAAAGAUGCGGCUGCAAAGGGCAUACAGGAAAUUGCUGACUCGGUGAAGGCUCUAUCAAAGAAAGCAAGAGAUGGAAAACUGUUACCUGAAGAAUACCAAGGAGGAUCUUUCAGAUACACAGACCUUUGCAGGAUAUAUAUUAUUUCAAACAACUUUUCCCACUCUGUGCCUUGCCUUUGGAACUUUCUUGAUGGUGUUUCUUAAUGAACAGAAUUUCUGAAUUUCAGGGAAGUCCUGUUUAUCUUCGUAGUUGGUCCUUGUUUUCUGUUAGGAAUUAUUGCCUAAAGAUUCAUGAAGUUAUUCUACGUUGUCUUCUAGAAGCUUUAUAAUUUUUCACAUGUAGAUCAUAAUCCAUCUGAAAUUGGAUUUUGUUUAUUGUAUGUAGAUAAAGGUCAAAAUUCUCUUUUUUCCCUCAUAUGGAUAUUAUGUCGACACAGUGUCAUAUGUUGAAAAGGUGACUGCUUCUCCAUGGCAUCGAGAAGGUGACCAUGCAUGUGUGCAGUCUGUUUCUGUGUUCUUUCCUCUUUUCAAUUAGCCUGUUUGCCUCCCCAUUGCUCAGUACCACCAAGCUAAGGGCUUGAUAUCAGUAGUGAAAGUCUGCCAGUUUCGGUCACCCUUUAGAUCGCCUUUCUUGGCUCUGUGUAUUUCGAAAUAAGCUUUAGAAUCAACUUGUUGUUUGUCCUACACACACCACACCUUGCUGGGGUUUUUAUUGGGAUUGUAUUGACCCUUGAUCAGCUUGAGUAUUUACAGCACUGAGUCUUCCAGUCGGUGAGUGUGGCAUAGACCAUCGUUCAUUCAGUGCUUUGACUUUUUCAGUUCUGCUUUGUAAUUUUUUGUACAGAGGUCUUAUAAAUGUUUCAUUAGAUUUAUUCCUUCAUAUUUUUGAUAUUAUUGUAAAUGGCAUUAUUCUUAAAUUUUAUUUUCUAAUUACAGCAACCUGUCUAUAGAUGUAAAAUGGCUUUUUAUAUUGAUGCUUAUCCAGUGGCUCAGCUGAUUCCCUUACUGACCUGACGAGGUCACCUGUGGAGCCCCCGCGCUCCAGUGUGCAGUGUGUCUGGGAAACGGCGGCUCUGUUCGUUUUGGUCCUUGCAUCUUUUCUUUUUCUUGCCAUAUGCCACUGCCUGCAGCUCCAGUUCAAAGCCAAAUAGGCGUUUAUAUCAGAUAUAGUACUUGUAUGUGUGUUGACAUUCAACACACAAUUUUUGAUAGUAUUGUAAGUAACAUAGUCUUUUAUCUUGGGCCUUUGACUUGGAUAAGUUCUAUAGCACAGUAUUUUAGUAAAAUAAAAAUAUAUGCUUGGGGAAAGUCUUUGAUUGACGACCUGCCACCUUCAGAGCUCUCUG